AUGGGUUCCAUGCCGCUCCAGACCACUAUUGAUGUCGAAGAUGUUCUCUCCCAAUUAACCACUAGCGAAAAAGUUACCCUGCUAUCCGGCAUUGAUUUUUGGCACACUGCCCCUGUCCACAGACUAGGUGUGCCCUCGAUACGAUUGUCUGAUGGACCCAAUGGUGUCCGAGGCACUCGCUUUUUCAAUGGGGUCCCUGCCGCAUGUCUUCCUUGUGGAACUGGCCUCGCCGCGACGUGGGACACGGAUCUCAUUGAGAAAGGGGGCAGAUUACAAGGCCACGAGGCCAUUGCCAAAGGUGCUUCUGUUAUCCUUGGGCCGACCACAAACAUGCAGCGGUCUCCGCUGGGUGGCCGAGGAUUCGAAAGCUUCAGCGAGGAUCCGUACCUUGCAGGUGCCAUGAGUGCGGCUACGAUCAAUGGUAUUCAGUCGACGGGGGUGGCAGCCACAAUCAAGCACUACGUUUGCAAUGACCAAGAGGACCAGAGACAGGCUGUGGACAGCAUUUUAUCAGAAAGAGCUCUUCGAGAAAUCUAUCUGAUGCCAUUCAUGAUCGCACAGCGAGACUCCUCGCCCGAUUGUUACAUGACUGCGUACAAUCGAGUAAAUGGCCUUCAUGCCAGUGAGAAUCCUCGACUCAUCCAAGACAUCCUCAGACGCGAAUGGGGCUUCGAUGGCUUAGUCAUGAGUGAUUGGUUCGGCACGUACUCAACGACAGAGUCCAUCAAGGCAGGCCUCGACCUGGAAAUGCCGGGGCCUACAUAUAUCCGUGGACAUUUGGUCAACCAGGCAAUCGGUUGUGGCAAACUUCAGGUCUACGAUAUCGACCAAAGAGCACGUGAGGUGCUGAAGCUUGUCAAGAAGGCUCAGUCACUUGGUUUGCCGGAAAAUGCUCCUGAGAAGACCGUCGACACAGCCGAGACAUCUGCCUUGCUUCGGAAAAUCUCUUCCAAUGGCAUUGUACUCAUGAAGAACGAACGCAAUCUGCUCCCCUUUGACAAGAAGAAGACCACAGCCAUUAUCGGUCCGAAUGCUGCGUAUGCCGCGUACUGUGGUGGCGGUUCAGCUUCGCUCAUACCAUACUACGCGGUUAGCCCGCUUGACGGACUUCAGGUCCAGGCAACUGACUCAAAAUACGCAUUGGGGGCCCCAGGUUGGAAAACUCUCCCACUCAUGACUCGUUUGACCAAAACGAAAGGGGAUAAACCGGGAUUGACCAUGAAAGUAUAUCUGGACCCACCUUCUGUGAAGGACCGUGAAUUGGUAGACGAGGUUUACGUGAACAACUCCGAUAUCUUACUCGUGGAUUACAAGAACCCUGAGAUAAAGACUACACUUUACUGGGUCACAGUGGACGGUACAUUUACUCCUUCAGAAACGUCCGAAUACGAGUUUAGUCUGGCGGUUGCUGGUACCGGCAAGAUCUACGUCAAUGGAAAUUGCGUGGUGGACAACGAGACAAAACAACGGCCGGGAGACUCCUUCUUUGGCUCCGGGACGGCAGAGGAGAUCGGCUCCUUGAAGUUGAACCAAGGGGAGACCUACAACAUUCACGUCGAAUUCGGCACGUACCCUACCAUGAAAUUCAAUACUAAAGGUGCUACUGGCUUUGGUGCAGGCGGCUUAAGGAUUGGGCUUGAGCGCAAAGUUGACAUCGAGACCGAAAUUGAGAGGGCCGUCCGACUGGCCAAAAACGCAGACCAGGUCGUUCUUUGCGCUGGCCUCAACAAAGAUUGGGAGUCAGAAGGAUAUGAUCGAGCACACAUGGAUCUGCCGCCGGGCAGCGACGACCUCAUCAAGGCAGUCCUUGCCGUCAACCCCAACACGGCGAUUGUGAUUCAGUCGGGAACCCCUGUCGCUAUGCCGUGGUUGAAAGAUGCACCUGCACUACUUCAAGCUUGGUACGGUGGUAAUGAGACCGGAAAUGCAAUUGCAGAUGUCGUCUUUGGCAACACAAACCCCAGUGGCAAGCUGCCCUUGAGUUUCCCCAUCAGGAACGAAGACAACCCGGCGUUCUUGAACUAUAAGUCCGAGCGUCAGAGAGCCGUAUAUGGUGAAGACGUUUAUAUCGGCUACCGUUUCUACGAAAAGACCAAGAAAGAAGUUGCCUUCCCAUUUGGACAUGGCCUCAGUUACACCACGUUCGAGAUCAAUGACCUCUCUAUUGACGAUGACGAGGCUAACAUCGUCGUCUCUGCAGCGGUGACCAAUACUGGAAACGUCGAUGGGGCGCAGGUCGUUCAGGCUUACGUCUCACAACGAAACCCAAGCAUCAACCGCCCUCCAAAGGAACUCAAGGGUUUUGCAAAGGUGUUUGUCAAGGCUGGAUCUACAGAAAAGGUCAGGAUCUCCUUCUCCAAGAAAUAUGCUGCAAGUUUCUGGGAUGAAGGACGCGAUUCUUGGACGAUGGAGAAGGAUGUGUAUGAUGUUCUGGUGGGCGAUUCCAGCGCUUCUACCCCUCUGAAAGGACAUUUUGCAGUCCAUGAAACGAAAUGGUGGAGAGGUCUAUGA